AAUUAGCGACCGCACCAUGCCAGUUGGUCUUCCUCCGACCGCCCCGCCCACCACGGCGAUACCGCUCCACCUACGUGCGCUCGCCGUAGGCGCACAUGAUCAGAUCGUCUUCCCUCUUUAUAAGUACCGUUGUGGAGCGAGGGCUCUGAGUUCCCUCAGUCGCCGGACAACGAUGGAAGCCACCACCUAUCAAUCAGCCGACGAUCAGCUUCGAACGGACUUCCUCCAGAUCCUGCGAAGCCGGAGGCGGAAGCCUGACGUUUCUCUAUCCGUUGAACUUGGGGGGCCGGUGAUGGAUCCGAUGUAUCAGGCGGCGAUAUAUCCAGGUUCGAGGGAGGUAAUGGAAGCUUGUCAUAGAGAGAACCUCGAUGGCUUCAAGGAUAGAGUGAUCGAGGAGAAUAUUUAUCUAACAGUUGAGGAAGGUGAGCAAGGUCGUCUCCCUGUAUUGAUUCUAAGCUUGAAGGAUAAUACAACACAGAGAAAGCCAGCUAUUGUAAUUUUACAUAGCUCUUAUAAGUGCAAGGAAUGGUUGCGGCCAUUACUCGAGGCUUAUGCUUCAAGAGGAUAUGUGGCUGUUGCUAUUGAUUCUCGCUACCAUGGAGAAAGAGCUAGCAACACAACAGCAUACAAAGAUGCUCUGGUUUCAGCAUGGAAAAAUGGUGAUACAAUGCCUUUCAUCUAUGAUACAGUCUGGGACUUAAUAAAAUUAGCAGACUAUUUAGUACAAAGGGAAGAUGUUGACCCUGCUCGAAUUGGAAUUACUGGUGAAUCACUUGGAGGCAUGCAUGCAUGGUUUGCUGCAGCAGCUGAUGAAAGGUACUCUGUGGUAGUCCCUAUAAUCGGGGUUCAGGGUUUCAGAUGGGCUUUAGAUAAUGAUAAGUGGCAUGCUCGAGCAGAGAGCAUAAAACCUGUCUUCGAAGCGGCUUGCAAGGAUUUAGGAAAAGAUGAAAUUGAUAAAGAAGUUGUGGAGAAGGUGUGGGAGAGAAUUGCUCCAGGUCUAGCGUCCCAGUUCGACGCACCUUAUACGGUUCCUGCUAUUGCACCAAGGCCCCUGCUAAUCUUGAAUGGUGCAGAAGAUCCUCGCUGCCCUCUUUCCGGUUUAGAUGUUUCGAUAGCAAAGGUAAAUGGCAUCUACGAAGAAGCCAACUGCAAAGAAAAAUUCAAGUUUAUAGCCGAAGCUGGAGUAGGGCACUAUAUGACCGUGUCGAUGGUGGAAGAAGCAAGCCUCUGGUUUGACAAGUUCCUUAAAUAAUUACCCUGAUAUUUACAUGCAAAGCAACCUUAUACUGAGGCAUUUAAACAAACAUCUGAACAGGGCUAGGAUAGAACACUGCCGGACAACGGAGUUAGCUACUUUUUACCUCGAAGUUUUGCCCCCAGCACCCUUUCCAGUUUGCUAAUUAUCUGUUGAUUUGGAAUUGCCUUCCCUGACUCAAUACUCUUGGAUAACUUGAGGUUUCUCGUUAAUUAGCUGACAGAACAGGAGGAGAGGUUUAAUGAGAUACAUGUAUUAUUCUACAAAAUGGUACUCAGAACAAGUAGGGAAAUACCCCUGCAAGUUGAACCUGCGAUAGCUUCUUGUCCAGUCGAGCUUGCAUCAGGCUAUUUUUCAAUUCGCUCGGCACUCGCUCACCUUGUUGAAUAGGAUGAAAGAUGAAGGUUAAGCUCAAAAGUCAAUCUGGAAGCGACUGUUCCUUGAGAAAUCAGUUAAACCAUGUGUUUUACAUGAUCUAAUGCUGAUAUCAAACAAAGGGAAUGAGAAUUCAAUAAUGGAAAUGAUACUAGAUGUUGGUCUACUGAAGUUGAAAAGAUAUGUAGAUUACCUAUAUCAGAACUGUCACAUGAAACUAACACAUGAAGUAUUUUGCAGGUGAUGGAUUAAUAUUCAAAUUUUGAUUUUAAAUGCAAAGUUUACUUUAGGAUUGAAGGUGAACAUGAGAUCAUUUAUGAAUCGGAGUCCAACUUCUUUGGUACACACUUUUGGAUCUAUUUUUCCUUAAAAAACAAAAUUUUGCUUGGGAUUUAUAAUCGGAGUUGCUGUAAAGCAUGAUCAAAGAGAAUAACCCAAACCAUCUAAACGAUCUGAAUUUGAAACCUGUGAUGGAUUAAUAGGUUUUCUUUUGUUGUAGAUGGACAAUCAUCGAGAGGGGAACAGAUCAAAAUAUGUAACAAAUAGAAGCCCCGAUAACACAACUUGACCACCCGAUCGAAUUCGCACCCAGAACAAGGAGGGGAAAAGAAGAACAGAACGAAUCGAGGGUUGAGUACCCUUCUUGAUGGUCUCGAUCUCGGCGCCGCUGCGACGAGCGGCGUUGACGGCCUUCCUGUCCUUCUCGGCGGUGGCGGUGGAUGCCUUCUUGCGGAGCACGACGGACUCCCAGUCCUGGGAAAUCAGUCCAAUUCCCGCCAUCGAUCGGAUCGACGCCUAGCCUCCAGAGAUCGCUGAGA